GGACAAAGAAUAAUGAGUAGCAUCCCAAAAACACCAUCCUUACUGUGAAGCAUGGGGUGGAAGCAUUAUGCUUUGGGUUUUUUUUCCGCACAUGGGACAGGACAACUGCACUGUAUUAAGGAGGGCUUGACCGGGGCCAUGUAUUGCGAGAUUUUGGGAAACAACCUGCUUCCCUCAGUUAGAGCACUGAAGAUGGGUCGUGGCUGGGUCUUCCAACAUGACAAUGACCCAAAGCACACAGCCAGGAUAACCAAGGAGUGGCUCCAUAAGAAGGAUAUCAAGGUUCUGGAGUGGCCUAGCCAGUCUCUAGAGUUAAACGCUAUGAAAAAUCUUUAACGGGAGCUCAAAUGUGUUUCUCAGCGACAGCCCAAAACCUGGCUAAUAGGAAGACGAUCUGGGUGGAGAAAUGGGCCAAAAUCCCUGCUGCAGUGUAAGCAAACCUAGUAAAAAACUACAGAAAGGGUUUGAUUUCUGUAAUUGCAAACAAAGGCUACUGUACCAAAUUUUAACUUUGAUUUUCAGUUUUCAAAAAACUAUUUGCAGCAGUAACACACAAAUAAAUUAUUAAAAUCAUACAUUGUGGUUUCCAGUUUACUGUAGUGUCUCUUCACAACCUAAUUUAAUUAAUUGUUUGUAAUCAUUCAUAAACGCAUUGUCAUUGUUCAGGCCUUUAAACAUGUGCACUGAUUAAUGUGCUGUAGUGUUUAGCACUAAGGUGAUAAGGUGGCUGUGUUUAUGAUAUUAGCCGAUUAUUAAGUAAGUAUACAAGCACAUGUUUGCAUUAUCUAACACUGAUGUUGCUAUCUAAUCUCCCAACAAGCGUUUCCUUUAGGUUACGGUCUACAGGGGCAAAUUUCAAGUGUCUGUGUACAAACUUUGCUGUCUGUUCACUGUUCAUAUAGACUAUGUGUAUUCAGAUAAGUAGCUUUCUAAUAACCAACACAGUACUGUACUGACAUGUAUGGGUACUGAAUCGUAAUUCUAAUGUGUGUGAUGACUUAGUAUAUAUGUUCAGUAUAUAAAUAAAGUAUUUGCCCCAUACAGAUUUUUUUUCCUUUUUUAUCAUACUUACAGUUUUCACAUUUCUAAUCUAGCCGUAUGUAAAAAAAAGUAUUUGCCCCCAAAACCUAAUAUCUAGGCUUUACCACCCUUGGCAGUAACAACUGCAAACAAGUCUUAACAAUAACUGGAGUCUUUCACAUCUCUGUGGAGGAAUUUUGGCCCACUCUAGUUUACAGAAUUAUUCAAUUCAAACAUAUUGGUGAGUUUUUGUGCAUGAACGGCUGUUUAAGGUCAUCCCACAGUACCUUAAUCAAAUUGUGACUAGGCCACUCCAAAACCUUCAUUUAUUUUUUGUUUUUUUAGUCAUUCAGAGGUGGACUUGUUUGUGUGCUUUGGAUCAUUGUCCUGCUGCAGAACCCAAGUCUGCCUGAGCUUAAAGUCACAAACUGAUAGAUUGACAUUUUCCUUCAGGAUUGUCUGCAAACAGCAGAAUUCCUGGUUCCAUGGUUACAGCAUGUCCAGGUCCUGAAGCAGUAAAGCAGCGCAAGACCAUCACACUACCACCACCAUGUUUGACUUUUAGUAUGAUGUUCCUUUUCUGAAAUUAUGUGUUAGUUUUACAACAGAUGUAACAGGAAGCACACCUUCCAAAAAGUUCCACUUUUGUCUCGUCAGUACACAGAAUAUUUUUCCUGGGGAACAUUAAGAUGUUUGUUGGCAAAUGUAAGAUAGGUCUCUUUCUUAUUAUUGAAUCAUUAACACUGACCUUAACUGAGACGAGUGAGACCUGCAGUUCUUUAGAUGUUGAUCUGGGUUCUUUUGUGACCUCCUGGAUGAGUUGUCCAUGCCCUUUUGGGGAAAUAUCAGCAGGCCAGUCACUCCAGGGAAGGUUCACCACUGUUUGCCAUGAGCAAUUACUUCUUCACAUAAGGGCCAGAUUGGGUUGGAUUGCUUUUUUCCCUUCGUCUUCAAUCAUUUAAAAAUUGCUUUUUGUGUUUACUCAGAUUAUCUUUGUCUGAUACAUAAGUUUGUUUGAUAAUCAGAAAAAUGUAAGUAUGACAAAAAAGCAAAAACAAAAUAAUUUUUUAAAGAAGCAAAUAUUUUUCCCGACAUUGUAUGUUUACAUAUGUGUAUGUAUGUGUGUGUGUGUGCACGUGCAUGUUUAGUGCUGUUAAUGUUAAUGCAUUCAUUUGACUAACUUUACCAAAACCUUUGAUGACUUAAAUAUUCAGCUAAUUUAUCAUGUUCAUCAUCGACAUCCAACAAGGUCUGAUUUGCUUGACUUACCAGCAUACAAACAGUUUGUUUGUUUUGAUCGUUCCUUGAACUGCAGAUUGCAAGUUAAAAACAUAUAGCUUUUAUCUGCUUUGCGGGCAUCAGUUAGAGACUCAACAUCUUAUUAUUCUUCCUAAUGGUGCUAACUGUAUAACUGCAUACAAUCUGUAUAAAACAUUUCUAAUAAAAAAAACAUGUGACUUGAACUCAGUGAUGUCACAUAAGGAAACAUGAGGAUGGCCGUGAGGUAUGUAAAACUUUGUCUAAUCUACUUAUUCUGCAUAAACUGUUAAGGAUAAACCAGGAGUCUAUUAAUUAUUGGUGAAAUCUUGAAUUGAAAUUUAAAUAAUUAAGAAUGUGUUGAAAAUCUAUACAAUUCCGUGUUUAGACGUGCCAUGAGGACACACAUGAUUUACACAGCUUUAGUCAGAUUAUUAACAUUUUGUGCAGAUUAACAACCAUAUUGAAUUUAUUACGAUUAUUAGAUGAUAAAUCACAUGCACACACACUCAUACACACUGAUACUCAUGUUUUAUGUUCUGGGCCGGUGCGUAAUUAACAGGGGCCACAGUCCAUGCCACAGCCCCCUUUAUUACAGUGCAGCUUAUAUAAAUCACUGCUACCUGCUCACAGGUGUUCAGGGCACAGGGGCUACAGGUGGAGGUGUGUGUGUGGGUGGUUGUGGUGUUUUACUAGCAGCUCUGUGUGUACCUGCAACUAAGGAUAUUCACUAGAAGGGGAGUUAAGAGCUGAAUCCAGGAACAGCAGGCACCAUGGAAGACAAAGAGCAGGGAAGGACAAAGAAAUCUAAAUCUCAGGUGGAGUGCUGUGGCUAUCCGCUCAGUAUUUUCUUCAUCGUGGUGAAUGAGUUCUGUGAGCGAUUCUCCUACUAUGGCAUGCGAGCGGUGCUGGUGCUCUACUUCCGCUACUUCCUGCGCUGGGACGAUGACCUGGCCACCACCAUUUACCACACCUUUGUGGCCUUGUGCUACCUGACGCCCAUCCUGGGGGCCAUCGUGGCUGAUUCCUGGUUGGGAAAGUUUAAGACCAUAGUGUAUCUGUCUAUUGUGUACACUAUUGGGCAAGCAGUGAUGGCAGUCAGCGCCAUCCACGAUAUCACUGACUCCAACCAGGACGGUACCCCUGAUAACAUGACCCUCCAUGUCGCCUUGUCCAUGUUGGGUCUGUUCCUCAUUGCUGUGGGAACGGGUGGUAUCAAACCGUGUGUGGCAGCAUUCGGAGGAGACCAGUUCCAAGACCAUCAGGAGAAGCAAAGAAGCACAUUCUUCUCCAUCUUCUAUCUGUCUAUUAAUGCUGGCAGUCUGUUGUCCACCCUUAUCACACCCAUUCUCAGAGCUCAGGAGUGUGGUAUUAACUCCCAGCAGAAGUGUUACCCCCUGGCCUUCGGUGUGCCCGCUGCUCUCAUGGCUGUCGCUCUGGUCGUGUUCAUCGCAGGCAGCAGCAUGUACACUAAAGCCGCCCCCAAGGGCAACAUCAUGCUGGAGGUCUGCAAGUGCAUCGGAUUUGCCAUCAAGAACCGCUUUAACCACCGCAGCAAAGUGUUCCCCAAAAGAGAGCACUGGAUGGACUGGGCCAAUGAGAAAUACGAUAAACUGCUGAUCGCUCAGGUGAAGAUGGUGCUGAAGGUUCUCUUCCUCUACAUCCCUCUGCCCAUGUUCUGGGCACUGUUUGACCAACAGGGUUCUCGCUGGACUCUUCAGGCCACAACUAUGGAUGGCAACUUUGGAGCCUUCAUCGUGCAGCCAGACCAGAUGCAGACUGUGAACCCCAUUCUGAUCCUGGUGAUGGUGCCCAUCGUGGACAGCGUUGUGUAUCCUCUUAUUAAGAAGUGUGGCCUCAACUUCACGCCCCUGAAAAGAAUGACCGUGGGUAUGUUCAUGGCAGGACUGGCAUUUGUGGCUGCAGCUCUGGUGCAGGUUCAGAUUGAUGAAACCCUUCCCAAGUUCCCCUCAUCAUCUCAAGCUCAGGUGAAGUUCUUGAACUUGGAGAACAGCUCACUGUCUUUAACUGUGGAUGGAAACCCAUUUGAUCUUGCAGCUUUCCAGUCUUCAGGCAACUACUACUCUGUUGAUACGGACACAGCAACAGUAGCUUAUACCAACGGAACAGAAAUCGUCAUCCAGUUGGCCAAAGGAAAACGCCAAACAGUCCUGCUUGGCUCUACAGGAAUUCUGGGCAGUGGUGUAGAUUUAAACGCCAAACCUGAGCAAGGAAAUAAUGAUAUCAGGUUUGUAAAUGGCUUUGGUGCCUGGCUGAAUGUGAGUGCUCCUUCAGACCUUGGUGCCAUCGCUCCUAAUGAGUUUUCUAACUACACUUCCGUCCCAGAGGGAAAAGCUACCUUCACCAUACUAGGUGAAAUGGAACAGACCUGCAACUACACCAUGAGUCUGGGCUUUGGAAGCUCCUUCACACUCCUCAUACCCAGCACUUUCAGCUUUGGACCAGAUUGUGCAAGCACUAUCCAGGCAAUUGAAGACAUUAAGCCCAACACCAUCCACAUGGCCUGGCAGAUCCCACAGUACUUCCUCAUGACGUCCGGAGAGGUGGUCUUCUCUGUGACGGGUCUGGAGUUCUCCUACUCGCAGGCUCCCAGCAACAUGAAGUCCGUCCUGCAGGCCGGCUGGUUGCUGACUGUCGCUGUGGGGAACAUUAUAGUGCUGAUUGUAGCUGAAGCAGGACAGCUCCCUGAACAGUGGGCUGAAUACGUGCUCUUUGCCUCUCUCUUGAUGUGCGUGUGCAUCAUCUUCUCCAUCAUGGCCUACUUCUACACCUACAUCGACCCGGCUGAGAUUGAAGCAAGGUUUUCCCAACCAGACUAUGAGGACAAGGAGGAGAAGAAGAAGAAGAACGAAGUGGAAAUGAGUGAGAAGCCUGAGCAGCUCAAACAGACCAAGAUCUAAAAGGAUCAUCUCUUAUCAUCAUUAUCCUGCUGCCUGCUGUAUUACGGACAUUUCUGCUGGUCUGGGUAUUUAUUAUCAUGUAUUGGUCCAGAGUGAGAACAUCAUCAGUGUAUAAACUGAUCCUGGACCAGCCCAGAAGGGCAUAAUUUAUAUAAGGUGGAGUAAGCAUGUGUUGAACUCUUGCCAUAGAGAGAGGGGCGGGUUUGGAAAAAUAAUGUCGAUGGUUAAUGGUUUAACAGUGGGUUUUUACUCGUCUCCUUUGGGACCUGUAGACCGUGAGGUGCUGCUUACUGAAGAAAUGUUAUAAGGGUGUGGGUGUUGGUGUUAAGCUGCACUUUUACCACAAAAAAUAAAUUUACUCAAAUGUUCUAAAAAAAAAAAAAAAUCAAACAAAAGUUUGUAAAGUAUUGAUAUUUCUUAAGUUUUAUACAGAUAAAACAGCCUGGGGUCAAAUUGACCCAUCAAAAACAUAGUUGACACUGAACAUAUUAUGUUUAUUUUAUGUUUACUUUGUUGUUCUUAUUAAAUUAGUAAAAGUGACUAAAUACGAAACUAAAUACAAAUUGUCAAUCAUUAAAUGGGGUCACUGAAUGGGGUGAAACUGACCCCAAAGAUAAAAGGAGGUUAAAAUUUAGCUGUUUGUAUUUUGUAUUUUUACAAAUUUGACAAUGCAAAUAAAUUAGCAUUUGUAUGUAACUCUGUAUUACAGAGUAUAAAGCUGUAUGUUUUGUAGUAAAAGUGUUUUUUAUUGUAUGUACAGUUUAAUAUGUGCCUCUAGUGCAAUAAAUUGUAGAAUACUAACUGAUAAAGUGAUCAUCCUUUGAUCAAGUACCUCAAUAAAGAAUGCAUCACGCACA